AUGGUCAACGUGGGUUCGAAGCUGGUGACAGAACGGACUGCUACAGCAGGAGCAAAGGUUUUUGUGGGACCCGAACUGAUGAAACUCAUACGAGAAAAUGGCCUGAAGGUACUUAGCGUUGCUCGCCUGGCGGGAAUUGUGGGGUCCAAGCAGACGUCCAGCCUUAUCCCUCUGUGUCAUAACAUAUCUUUAUCCUCUGUGGCUGUGGACAUUGAACUGGACUCUGCUCUCAACUGUGUGAUUAUAACUGGCACGGCAAAGUGUAGAGGGCAGACGGGCAUGGAGAUGGAAGCUCUUACUGCUGUAUCGGUGUCUGCCUUAACAGUGUACGAUAUGUGCAAAGCUUUCAGUCAUGACAUUGUGAUAUCUGAAAUAAUGCUUCUGGCCAAAAGUGGGGGAACUAGAGGAGACUUCCACCGGACAUGA